AUGUUUAAUGAUCAACAAUAUAUUAUUCCUUCUAUUUAUAAAUUAAAAAUUAAUCGAAUCUAUAUACCAAUAUCGAAAAUUUUUCAAAAUAUACAUAUGAUGAACAGUUUGAUUGUUAAUAUUCCAUCGGCAACACAAAGAACAAGAUUCAAUAAAAAGAUUAUACAACAAUUAACAAAAGCAUUUAAUAACGAACAAUAUCUUGCAUCAUUAUCUAUACCUGUUCAAGAACAACAAGUAUCAAUAGUACCAUCAUCAUCAUCUACACAAAUUUCAAUUGAGCAUUUCAUGAAUAAGAAAAAUAAAACAGAUCCUACUCUUUCUUCUGUCAUACAAAUUGAACAAUCACUAUCUUUACCUCUCACACAACCGAUUCCACAUUCUAUUAUUAAUAGCAAACCGACAACAAACAGAAUUUUUAAUGCAACAAAUUCAACAUAUUUUCUACAUUCAUCAGAAUACGUUAGUUUAACACCUAUUAAUUCUUCAUCAAAAAAAACUUUAGAAUUACUAAAUACUAACGAUGAUAAAUCAUUCAAUCAUGUACGCUACUAUCAAAUCGGCAGUAUUUUCACUUCAACAAGCACAUUUAUUAUGCAUCAAAAUGAAGUUAUUGCUCAUGCAACUGCUUCUAACCCGUUUCUUUCAGACACUAUUUUCAUUAUUAUAAUUGCAACUCUCACAAUUAUUAUUCUUCUCUUUUGUUUCGGUUUCUUUUGUCUAUGCCGUCGUACAACAAAACGUAAUAUAUCGCCUUCAUUUUAUGGUAGUAGUUAUACAGGGUUACAUGGACAUUCAUUUACAAUACCUAUUGAUGAUGAUGAUUAUCAUCAUCAACAAAUUUCAAAUCAUAAAAAUGAUAUUUCGUCAUCGUCUAUCCAAACAAAACCAUCAAUAAAUCAUCCUUCAUUGAUGAAUGAUAGAAUACUUUUGCCACAAACAGUUGCUUUACAUCAUACUGCUAAACAAAAAGCUCAAAUAAGUAAAAAUAAACUGAAGAAGAAACGAGUUGGAUUUUGUUGUUGUACAUCGAAAAAAACUAAAUCAACAAUAGUCAAUGCACAAACUCGAAUAAAAAGAAAUGAUAUGUAA